CCGCACGGAGCCGGAGUUCAACAAUGAUUCCGGAGGAUUUCUGCAUUAUCAAUGCAACACGACCAUCUUUCGAAAGCUGCUUGAGUGCUGCUGAUUACCAAGUCGCCAGGACUGCUCCAGCACACAACGUGUUUUCUAAACAGGCGGCGGCGGAUUGACGAAGCCUGUGCAAGCCGCCGGCCAAGUAUUCAGAAGUCUCCGACUCCCAAGUGGCCAGCUUCUUGGAUAGGAGGAUCGCGGACGCGUGGCGAGCAACCCGAGCACUCGGUUCUCUUACUUAAAGUCUUCCCGUCCGUGAAGAACCCAGCGCGCUCGUCACUCCCCCUCGCUCUCACGCCCUUCCUCGCGCAUUCGGAGCCGCAGAAAUAGAAUACGACAUUGUCCGGGCAGCAAACUGGUCACUUAGCUAUCCAGUCUCACUGCAACCAUCCAAGGCCAACUCGAGGUUCCCCGUUCGGCCGAGCCUUGUCAUUGCCGUAACCUUCCCAUUCACCAUGUUUUCGUACCGCCUCAUAUCAGGCAUUUCUCUGGGAGGUGCCUACCUCGUCUCUUCCGGCCGGAUCCCGCAAUGGCCGUCACCCGGCUUUCUGACCGCUUUCACGGUCCUAUGGGGGAUUCAAGGGCUCGCGUGGGCUCUUUGGUCCGUCAUACUCUACCCAAAACUCUUCUCCCCGCUCCGCGGCCUUCCUGAGCCGAGCGGUAAUUCAUGGUUUAUGGGCCAGUUCCCCAAGAUCCUGGCAAUGCCUACCGGGAAUCCCAUGAUCGAGUGGAUCAACUCGAUACCAAACAAUGGCCUCAUCCGGUAUCUCGGCCCCCUCAAUCGGGAAAGGCUCCUAGUCACGUCCCCCAAGGCUCUCGCCGAGGUGCUCGUUACCAAGAACUACGACUUUGUGAAGCCGGAUAGAUUCCGGCACACCCUCGGCCCCAUUUUGGGCACCGGCUUGCUCCUCGCGGAAGGCGACGAACACAAGAUGCAGAGAAAAAACCUCUCGCCUGCCUUUGCAUUCCGUCACAUCAAGGAUCUGUACCCGGUUUUCUGGGCCAAGGCACGCGAGGGUGUGAACGCCAUGACGGGCGAGAUCCUGCGGGCCGCGGCGGGCCAAAGCGGCCCCGAGGAGAAGACGGCCGUCAUUGAGGCGGGUAACUGGGCCUCACGCAUCACCCUCGACAUCAUCGGCGUGGCCGGCAUGGGCCGUGACUUCGACGCCAUCAGGAACCCGGACAACCGGCUGAACCAAGCAUACACCCAAAUCUUCAACCCGAGCCGCCAGGCACGCAUCUUUCAAGUGCUCGAGAUGAUAAUCUCUCCUCGGUUGGUUCGCUUGCUGCCGGUUAAACGCAACGAGGACAUCCAAGCCUCGGCCGGGCUGAUCCGAGCCGAGUGCGCCGACCUGAUCAGGGACAAGAGGCAGAAGAUAGCGCGGAAGGAGUCGACCGACGUAGAUAUACUAUCCGUGGCCAUCGAGUCGGGCGGUUUCAGCGACGAGGACCUCGUCGACCAGCUCAUGACGUUCCUCGCCGCCGGCCACGAGACCACGGCCACGGCCAUGACCUGGGCCGCGUACCUCCUCGCUAAGCACCCGGACGUCCAGUCUCGGCUCCGCGCCGAGGUCCGCGAACACCUGCCGCCGCCCGCGGACGGAGCCCCGGCCCCGUCGAGCGCCGACAUAGACCGGAUGCCCUACCUCAACGCCGUCUGCAGCGAGGUGCUGCGCUACUUCAGCCCCGCGCCCUUCACGCUCCGCACGGCCGCCAAGGACACCAGCAUCCUCGGCCAGUUCGUCCCCAGGGGCACCCAGGUCACGAUCGUGCCCUGGGCCAUCAACAAGUCCGAGGCGCUGUGGGGCGACGACGCGCUCGUCUUCAACCCGGACCGCUGGAUGCCCAAGUCGGACGCCGACAAGCGCGCCGCCAGCGGCGGGGCCACGAGCAAUUACGCCUUCCUCACCUUCCUACACGGGCCCCGCAGCUGCAUCGGCAUGGCGUUCGCCAAGGCCGAGUUUGCCUGCCUGCUGGCCACCUGGGUCGGGCGCUUCCAGUGGGAGCUGCACGACAAGGAGUUGAUGGAUGAGAGCAAGCUGGUGAUCAAGACCAACAUCACGGCGAGGCCUGCCAAGGGCAUGUACAUCAAGACGACCGUUUUGGAUGGGUGGUGAGGAGCGGGAGUGUAAAGAGAUGGUUAACUAUGUAGUACCUUUCCUAAGGUUUUUUUCCUCCACCCUUCUUGACUAACUCUUCUCUCUCUCUCUCUCUCUCUCUCUCUCUCUCU